AAUAAAAACCUGCUGCUGAGGCAUGAGAUUGAACAGCAGGGAAUUGGCGUUACCUCCGGUCAGAUGUGGUCAACUCAGCUUGGAGCGAGCAAUCCUCUCGUUAUCUCCGCGUUAGUUGUUACGCGUUGACGGGGCAUCAUUCUCCCGACCUGUUCUCCUGCAUUACCUGGCCCUUCGAGCCAAGCAUACGCGCCUAUCAGCUCUUUAGCGGGUCCUUGCUCGCUCGACUUGAGAAUAAGGUCGCGGUAUUAUUAUUUCAAGGUUAUUUCCUUCUCUGUAAGGCCUCUAUAUUCAGAUCCUAUGGGAGUUUUUAUUUUCACGGCGUUGUUUUGGACCUUAAGUGGAGUGGGAUGCCUGCCUCUAUCCUCCUCUCUACAGGUUGGAAAGGUUGCUGACUGUAUCCAGGACUCCCUGAAUAGUAACGGCGGUGUGCCACAUCCUGGCUGUGACAAACAGAAAACUGAUGAUGCUGUCCACAGGCACCAGGGUCUCCUGAGGGAGCUGCAGGAGCUGGCCCAGGAGGAGAGGGAAAGAGAGAGAGACUAUGGGAGGGAGAAAGAGCGAAAUGAGGAGAACCAGGCUGAGGGAGAGAGGGACAGAGAGAGGAGGGAGGAGGAGGAGCAGAAUGAUGACCAGAAGGAGACUGAGAAAGAAGAACUGAGAGAGAAAGAGAUGAAGGCAGAAGGGGUAGAGGAGGAGAAGGUGGAGAUGAAGGACAUAACGAAUGAGGAGAUGAGAGAAGAGCCCAGACUGGAGGAGAAAACGGGGGAUGAGGAAGAGAACGCGAAAGAGCUGGAGGAGCUCUUCUCAAAGGAGCUAAGGAAGAUAGGAGAGGAGGAAAAAGAGGACAGGGAGCUUGAGGAGCUGCUCAAGGAGCUGAAGAAGAAAAGGUACGAGUCGGUGAAGGAGAAAGAGCUCCAGAGUGGGUCAGAAGCAGAGGAGGAGAGGAAGAAGGAUGAGGAGGAGGAGCAGAAAAAGGGAGAGAGAGAGCGGCUAAAAAUUCUUGAGAUUGAAGAGAGGAAACGCAGCAAGGAGAGGAACAACAACGAGGUGGAGCUGCUGGUGGAGAAAGAGAAGGUGGAGCGGGAGCUCAAGGAGCUGCUGGAGGAACAGGACAGCAUGAAGAAUGUGGAGAAGGAGAAAGAGAGGGAGGAAAAACAGGAGGAACUAGCGGAGCUCCUCAAAAAGAUGAAACGUGUGCAAGAGGAGGAGGAGCGAGAAGAGGAGGAGAGGAAGAGAGGGAAUGCCGGGGAUGAGGCGAAAGUGGACAAAGAGAGCCAGAAGGAGGGAGAGAUUCACAAGGAAUUGGAGAAGGUAAAAGAAAGAGAGAGUGAGAAGGAGGUUAAGGAGCCUCAGCAGAAGAGAGUGAUGGAGAAAGCGAGUGAUGAGUCAACCCGUCAGUUUGAAAAGGAGAGGAACAGGGACGAUGAUGACGACGAUGAUGAAGAAGCAGAUGAGGCAGAUGAGGUUGAAAACAAUGAGGAUUGGGAAGAGGAGGAUGAGGACAAAAAGGAGGAUGUUGAGGAGGAUGAAGGAGCGGAGCUUCUGGAGAUUGAGGCAGAGCUGCGAAAAGUGGCUGCAGAGCUUCGGGAGCUUCACAGGAGUCGUUAAGUUCUAAAUUACACACACACACACACUUAGUAACAUGGUAUAAUCAUAAUGCUUUUGAUGGGAUGUACUUCUGUAAGUAGUUGCAUUUUAGUACAAACAUACAAGUACACUUCUCCCCAUCCCUGCAUUCAGAGAUUACAAGCUCUUUAGAUGUGUCUUUCUGUGUGCUGCCAUUAUCAAAGAUUGUUUAGUAGGCAAGAUGUACAACCUUGCUCAUGUAAAGCUAUCGUUAGUCUACAUCUCAUGAUACAAGGUCUUUAAGUGGGAAAGACAUCUCCUUUACGGUAUGUCUCGUAUAUAUAUAUUUUGUGCAAUAAUUAAAAAUCUAUGUGUGAGAUUUGUUAUGGUCAUUGAGACUGUUAAUGUAAGCAAUUAACUUACACUGUUAUUACUGUUAUUACAAUUAACUUACACUGUUAUUUAUAAUAUUGACAUAUUGAUUUCUGUGAUUGAUUUCCAUGUGUAUAUCAACAAAAUGUGAGGAUUGUGCUAUCUGGCUAAUGCACUGUUAAUAUCAGACUGUUAAUUAAGUACUGGGGUGACACUCAGGGACAAUCUCCAUUGUAUACUCCUCGCGUACUCUCUCCUCACUUCCUUCUCAAAACCCAUUGGAGGAGAAGGUCAGAGGGGAGAGUGUCUGUCUUUCUCAUCCCAUGGGAUUUGAGAAGGAGAUGAGGACAAUUGAGAUCUUCCCUCAGAAAGAGAUGGCGUGUGACCACGGAAACCUCUUUUGUAUUGAUGUACAGUGUGUCAUAACAUAAUGUUCAAUAAUAAGAUGAGCAUGAUUAAUCCUGAAGUUUAGUUUUUUAUUUUUGCAGUUCGAGUCACCAAGGUGGUCAAGAGUCAUAGAAAUAGAAUGAAUGGGAAUGUCCGUUCCAGUAAUUAUAUUUCUAUGGCCUGAGUGGCACCCCAGCUCUUCUCCCAACUUUGCACUCCUAUCUUAACCAGCCAAGGAAGUCUAGAGAGGGGAGUGACAUCACUAAGACAUCUCUAGUAUGUGGUCCUAAUAAACAAUGACAGUUAUAAAACYUUUUUUUAAGUUGGUAAGAUAUUGAUGUUCACCGUCAUCCUUUUGCAUAGUUUGGGAUCUCCACUGUUACGCAGCCAUGUUUGAAUAAGAAAUAUUAGGAAACAGUGCCCCCACAUGUUAAAUCAAUAUAAGUUGCAUGGUUAAUAACAUGUGGAGGAAUAACAAUAACUGCAAUAGAAGAAGAAGAGGAAUAUUAAGACAACUUAUUCAAACCUAUAAAGUUUUUAAAAUGUACAUAUUUAAGCCAAAUAUAUGAUGAUGAUUUUCUGUAAAUGUACUUUAUUAUGUAAUUAAAAUGCAUCAUGAAUUGA